GGUGGCCUGAGCUCACGAGGGCGUGGAGGGUUUGGAGGCAGUCCAGACAAAGCCUGUAGAGGAGCUUUCUUUUUCAUGCCUCAGUUUACCUCGCUUGUUUCUCAUGCCUCGCUCCUGGCCGAUCAGCCCUCGCCUAAACGGUUACCUGCUGCUUCGGAUGCCAGUUGGUUGAUUCUCUGCUUGCUGACCAUCCGUUGAUUUAUUCUUUCCUGGUUGAUGUUUAAAGUUGUAAAUAUAUUGUUUUUUGUCUUUAAGAUUUUUUUAUUCACUCUUCUUUCCUGGACUAAUGAUAUGUGGAGUUUUGUGUGUAUAUUUGGUUAUUGGCCUUUGGGUUAUCAGGCGGCAUCUACAGAGAAAGAAGAAGUCAGUGUCAACCAGCAAAAAUGGAAAAGAUCAAAUGGUGGUUGCAUUUUUCCAUCCAUACUGUAAUGCAGGCGGCGGAGGAGAGAGGGUUCUGUGGUGUGCUUUGAGAGCCCUGCAGAAAAAGUAUCCUGAGGCAGUUUAUGUUGUGUAUACUGGUGACAUUAAUGUCAGUGGUCAGCAGAUACUCGAAGGUGCUUUCAGAAGGUUUAACAUCAAGUUGGUUCAGCCAGUGCAGUUUGUCUUCCUAAGGAAGCGCUACCUUGUGGAGGACUCCCGCUAUCCUCACUUCACAUUGCUGGGCCAGAGUCUUGGAUCCGUUCUUCUUGGCUGGGAAGCUCUGAUGCAGCGUGUUCCUGAUGUGUACAUCGACUCAAUGGGAUAUGCCUUCACACUCCCUCUGUUUAAAUAUGUGGGAGGUUGCCGCGUUGGAAGCUAUGUUCACUAUCCCACUAUCAGCACUGACAUGCUGUCUGUAGUGAAGAAUCAAAAUCCUGGAUUUAAUAAUGCGGCUUUUAUUACCAGAAAUGCUCUUCUCAGCAAAGCAAAGCUCAUCUAUUACUAUUUAUUUGCUUUUAUUUAUGGCCUUGUUGGAUCUUGCAGUGACAUAGUCAUGGUUAAUUCUUCUUGGACACUAAACCAUAUUCUCUCACUGUGGAAAGUUGGGCAUUGCACUAACAUUGUAUAUCCACCUUGUGAUGUGCAAACAUUUCUGGACAUCCCUUUACAGGAGAAAAAGGUGACCCCAGGGCAUUUACUGGUUUCCAUUGGCCAGUUCAGGCCUGAAAAGAAUCAUGCUUUGCAGAUCAAAGCCUUUGCCAAAUUGCUUAAUGGGAAGGCAGCUGAGUCAGGCCAUUCUCUUAAACUUGUCCUUAUUGGAGGAUGUCGCAACAAAGAUGAUGAGUUUAGAGUAAACCAACUGAGAAGACUCUCUGAGGAUUUAGGAGUUCAAGAAAAUGUGGAAUUUAAAAUAAACAUUUCAUUUGAUGAACUGAAGAAUUACUUAUCUGAAGCAACAGUCGGUCUGCAUACCAUGUGGAAUGAGCAUUUUGGGAUUGGAGUUGUCGAGUGUAUGGCAGCUGGCACAGUUAUCCUUGCACACAAUUCGGGGGGCCCAAAGCUGGAUAUUGUCAUUCCUCAUGAAGGACAAAUAACUGGAUUUCUGGCUGAUAGUGAAGAAGGCUAUGCUGAAACCAUGGCUCAUAUUCUUUCUCUGUCUGCAGAAAAGAGACUUCAAAUCAGGAAAAAUGCUAGAGCAUCUAUAAGCAGAUUUUCCGACCAGGAGUUUGAAGUAGCAUUCCUGUGUUCCAUGGAGAAGUUACUUACUUAAUGCCCAGUCUGCACAGCCCAGGCCUUUUGUACAGCGUGGAGCUGGGGCUGGAGCUGGUGGGAGAGCCUGCGCUUGGUGUGCCAGUCCCGAGUUCCAUCUCCAGCACCAAGAGUGAAAGGAAACAGCUACACCUGUAAAUAUUUUCUAAAUGUACCCCUUGUUGUAGUAAAAGCAGCCUGAGCGGUAUUCUCAGCAGUACACACAUAGUAGGUUCACAGCAGCGGAAUUCAUCUAGAUUGGAAAAAAUCUCGCUUAGCUUUUUUUUUUUUUCCACUUUUGCUUUUUUGAGACAGGGUUUCUCUGUAUAUCCCUGUUCUAGAACUCACUCUGUAGACCAGGCUGGCCUUGAACUCAUAGAGAUCCGCCCGCCUCUGCCUCCCAAGUGCUGGGACUAAAGGUGUGCCACUAUACCCAGCUUCAUGUAGCUUAAUGUACAGAUUUUACUUACUGUUGAUCUCAAAAUCUGAACAGUAAAGAUCUCAAAAAAAAAAAAACUACCAAUCAAAUUUUCAUAUACUCAUGCAUCUUUUAAUUUAAUCUUUUCCUUUCCUUGUGUUAAUCCUGAGUGUUCCUGCCUCCACCUCCCAGAAUGCACCAGUGUAUGCAGUGCUGGUGAUGGGAGUCUGGACGAGCGCUCUGCCAACUGGGCUGCAUCCUGAGCCCCAAUCCUGCUUUUCUAAUCACCUUUGCUUGAGAAAACAUAAACUAAUACUUCCUGGGUUUUAAUCUGUUAAUGAUGCUGGAGUACCAUGUAGAGCCUCGAACUGUAAGGGCAGGGCGUGUAUGCUGAUCACUACAGGCGCCCUGAGCUGAUCACUACAGGGACGUGUAUGCUGAUCACUACAGGCGCCCUGAGCUGAUCUCAGACUUCUUCCAGAGGGAAAGGGAAGUGCUGAAAGAAUCAGCAGGUCAUUAGCUGGCACUCUAAAAUGUAUUCUUAAAUUUUUGGAUUAAAUUCUGUCUGAGGGGUGGGUUUAGGGUUAGAGAUUAAACCUAGAGCCAUGCUCUUGGUACACAAGUGUUCUAACCUCUGAGCUACUUUACCUCAACCCCAGGAGUCCUGAAAUAACAGCAUGGGUAACCCUUUUAAGUAUACCUACUAAUUUUCUUAAAAGGAAAAAGAAACUUCAAACAGGGAUCUCUAAUCGUAUUCCUAGAGUAUCAGUCAAGAGAUGGGGCAGACUGAUUUCUUCAUGGGUGUGUACAGAUACGUUGAAGUCAAAACAGGCAGCAGUCUUUCCCAUAAGCAGUUGUGUCUGAAAGUUGGGUGUUAUUUAGUGCCUACCACUAUGGGUUCGUAUGGGUUUCUUAUCUCUUAACCGCCCCAUUUAAGGCUAAAAGUCAGCCCCAGUUCCUUCAAGAAAAUAUCAAGCUAAGAUGCUUUUCUAAAACUGACCGUGUAUUUAUAAUGUAUAUAUGUCUAUACAUACAUACAUACAUACACAUAUAUAGUUUUUAUGAACUUUUCUAGACUGACAUAUGAGCCAAAGACCACCUAACAAAAACCCAACACCAGACAUGAGAAGUUCCCUUUGACUUAUUGACCAGGGUUGUUCAGGAGACUCCCCAAAGCAUACAGCCUAUUGCUUUUGCCCUUGGUUUCCCCUAGAGCUGGAAGAUAAGUCGCAAUUGCUGAAGACACAAUGUACUUUAGAAACAGGCCAAAAGACCCCUUGAGCGGGAACUGACCUGAAAGUGCACAGAGAGAGUGUUGUUGCUGCCCCAGGACUAACUUUCAUGGUAUGAAGGUGCCAGGCAAGCUUCCAACGGAGAAGGGCAACCAACAGUCCUACCCGGCUAUCCCACCUAUAAACCACAGCAAAAGCAAGCAUGGCGCGCACACUUGACAGUAACCAGCAGCUCUUAAACUGGACAUAGGACCUGCUCAACUAGAAGGAGAACCUAGCUAACUAUUCAGCUCUAGAGAACAACCACUGUUUACUAAACCCGCAUAAUUCCUAACAACAAUCUAUAAACAUUUGUCUAGACUCUUUUAAAGUAGACCUUCAAGUAAGGCCUACAGACUAAUGCCAGCUUACACAUUUUCUCUCUUUAGAUGCAUAUGCAUUUCACUAAGGGCUCUUUCCUGGACCUCUGGAGAGCCCACUGUGAGGCUGACACAGUCCCUAACACAUGAUGUAGAGGGCUGUUGCCUGUUUACCAAGUAAAGGUUUUCUGCAGUCCCAUUAUUACAGAUGGAUGUGUUUACAACUCUGCACUUUCUUGGUUUCUAAGCCAGUAGCUGAAAUCAAUAUCAAUUUCACCUGGCCUCUAUUCUGCACAACUGGCAGGUGUGUCAGACUGAGGUGGUGACUUCUAAGAAGCUGGCUGUAAUAUGUGGGCAAGCUUGAGCCACCGCACAGCAACACGUGAUCGUGUGCAUGCACAGAGGGUAUAAAGGAGCAGUCACCAUUCUGUACAUACAUAGUUCUUCCAGUAAAAUGAAUUGCCCACACAUUUGUGUUAGGGCAUACAAAAGAGGCACACUGUCUCUUCCAGCUGGUGGUUGGUUUUGGUUGUUGGUUGGUUUUGCUCUGUGUGGAUCUGGGUUGCAGAUAAUUCAGUCUACAAAGAUUUCAGAGACCAAAGGUGGACAGAACCUUACACAUUCUUUAUUUUAUUUUCAACUUAAUAGACAAAAACAAUUUAAAGAACUGAUUUGACUUCUUCAUUGUCACAAAACUGUUUAGUGACAGAAUCGGGAUUAUGGCCUGGUAUUCUGGCUCAGCCCACUCUGUUAUGUUAAGGCCAGUCUUCGAGGUAAACUUUGUCUAUAACCCACACAGCCUACCCAUCCACAAAAGUAAUAGACUAAAGAUUGUAGGAAUUGAAAUGAGCAUAAAUUGGGGAUGUGGUGAAAGAAAUGAUUCUCAGUUUCUUAAAAAGACUGUUACCCUAGCUUCUCAAGAUUAUUUUUAUGGGUUAGAAGCAUAGGAUUUUCAGCAUUCCUAAUAAGGUUUUAUUUAUUUUUUACUAGAUUUCAGGUAGGUACUGUGUGAAAUGUUGAGGCUCAUCUUUAUCUGUUUCAGUGAGACUUCUCAGUGGUUGUUAAGUCCACUACAAUUAUGAUUUUCCCCCGCUGUGGUCCAAGCAUUCUGUUUAGAGUCCACAACAGUGGGGGUUCACAUUCCUGUUUACAUUGAUACCACAACUGUGAAAUAUAGGUUACAUAGUCUUUGUAUAAUAUAUUUAUAUCUAAUUGUAAUGCAGAGCUAUUGAUACAAAAUUGUAUCUAAAUGCGUCAGGUGAUUUCAUUCAUUCAGUUAAAAUGUUUUUACAUCAUCUUUCCAUUUCCUUUCCCUUCUCACUCUUCUACCUCUGGAACACAUGGUCUCUUUUUUCUUUAAUGAUUAUUGCUACAUAUGUAUGCAAAUAAAUAUAUAAAUGCAA